AUGAUGUACCACACACUAUCAGUAGACAUGUCGGCAUUGGAUGCAGAAGUGAGUAGAUCGCAGCAACGCGCCUAUGAUGGAGAACCAGUACCAAGUCAGUCCCAGGAUCGGUGCCAGCAAAACGAGGAAACACUGGACGAUGCAAGCAGCAUCUACUCAGAUCAUGGGUCGGAAGAGACACAAACACAAUCUCUUUCAGCUGCCUCAAGAACCCUCCACGAAUAUCACGACAACCCAGGUCUGGCACUGCCAUACCAAGAGGUAAUCGCUGAGAUGCGCGCAAAGACAUAUCCCGCACGACCAAAAGAAGAUUCCCACGACGACAGCCCAACCCCUUCAAGACCCGUUAGCUGGACAGAGUCUAGUACCAUACGCAGCAACGAUGCCCGAUGGCGUACGAGUCCGAAGACCAGCCUCGAAACAACAUCUGGUGCAGAACCCGAUGCAUUCCGGCCAGUCAUGUACACAGAGCCGCGACUCCAGACCAACGGCAAGCUUAGGUCAUUGCGCUUCCAGGACACCGCAGGUGAUCUUCCAGCUCCCUCUCUGGAAUGGAGCCAGGCAGAGGGCAAGCCGCCCCUGAGGAUUGAUGACGAUCCGAAAAAGUACAAGCAGUUGCUUCGAGGAUCACGCUCUACGCUGAGCUCACGACCUAGGUUUGCAGCUUCAGUCGCGUCUUUGUGGGUUGACAAAAGGUCUGAGGAUGGCCUCGAUGUCAGUCAAGCAUGCACAUCAACAGAACACGAUGACCAAGUCUGCGAUUCUUUGACGAAGGAGCCAGUUAAAAAAGGAUGGUUCAGGAAGAUAAGACAGGCAUUCGCAGAGUAUAAACAGAAGCGCGCCUUCCGGCAUGGAAAAGUAGUUUCUUGAUGUAGAAACGGUACAGGGAAAAGCGUUCAAUGAUUCGUCUUGCAGGGGGGACAGUGGAUGGAGAAAUCAGCU